AUUGUUACAGAACAUCUCAGUCCUACGAAUGUGGAUGCUGAGGUUUUAGAAGAAACCAAUCCUGUUAUUUCUCCCGCCAAUGAAGAGGUCGCGGAUAAUUUUGACCCAGAUUUAAUAAAAGCUCUUGGCGAAACGGAAACCGAGCAAGGUGAAUUUGGAGUGGACCUGCAACCUGACAUCGCCAGUCGUUUCCAACAGAUUUUGAUAAACGGCUUAAAAAAGGAAACGCGGGAGGAGUUAUUGAAAAAAUAUUUGUUUCCCAGCAAUGUUCCUCUGGCCAAAGCUCCUACACUGAACCCGGAGGUAGCAGCAAUGUUGGUGGAGACUUGCCGCCUUCGGGACAAGCGAUUAUAUGGUAAGCAGGAUCAGCUUGGGAGAGCUCUUGCGGCUGUCGGGAAGGCCCUGACAUAUUUAUUAAAGAAGAACCCUGACAUUGCCGAGGUGAUGUCUACUUUGAAUGAUGCCGGCAAACUAAUCGCCGAUUCUCAUUAUGCGGAAACCGACACCCGUCGAUCAGUCAUUAUACCUCUGGUUGAUAAAUCUCUUAUUGAAUCCUUUAAGGACAGGAAAAGAGAUAGUUUUUUGUUCGGUGACAAAUUGGGCGACUUAGUAAACACCUCAAAGGGCAUAAAGAAGACAAGUCAAUUUAUACAAGCAUCGACAUCUGCAAACGCAGGGUUAAACUCGACAGGCCCACCGCCUACGCCUUAUCGACCGCGGCAACAACGAGCCAGGCAAUACUACCCGCGUCGUGUGACCAUCAGCAACUGGAAAGGCUGGAACACGAUUAAACAGGAAGGCGGGAAGUCUGAAACGCCGUAUAAUGACGCCAAUGCAAUCGAGGGCAGUGACAAAUCCUGGACGGAGUACACCGUCGUGUGGAGCGGGGCCAACGGCUCGAUUUUAAUAUCGCAGCCGCGCUGGCCCAACUGGGGAAAUAAACCCUACUUUCGGUGGGAGCCUGAGCCGCACCGCAGGAGCAUCAACUACUUCGACGUGUCGGGUAGAGACAACUACCCGGCCAUCUACGUACUCCACGACCUCACGGUGAUAAAAAAGGGCAGUUGCCAACCGCCCAACCAAAGGGACGGACAGCGUGCUGGAGAUGACGCGGAACGUGGAGAGGGCGACCGGCUGCAGCGCGACGGCCUGCGCGCUGAGGACUGGUCCGCGAAGGACGGGCCCUACAUCGAGUACCCCCAAGGCGCCUACGGCAAAUAA